AUGGAGCUGCGGAGAGCAGGAAUCCAUUUCAGGCCUGGAAAGAGUCGUCGUCUUUCAGAUGUUAAGUUCACUUCCUUUCAUUGUUCAGGUCAAUUAACACUUCCACCUAUAACCAUAGAUGAUUCUACCAAGUCGGAGUUUUUAAACUUGGUCGCGUAUGAAGCAUGUCCUGAUACGCCAGAUGACUUUGCAAUUACAUCUUAUCUUAGCUUCAUGGAUUCUCUUGUCGAUCAACCUGAAGAUGUGAAGGAGUUGAGAUCAAAAGGUAUACUUCUUAACUUUCUUGGGAGUGAUCAAGAAGUGGCCGAUCUCUUCAACGAGAUAGCAAGAGAUUUGGUGCCUAAUCCACAUGCCUAUGUUGAUGAGAAAGCCAAAAUUGAGAAUCAUUACAACAACAAAGGCAAGAUUUGGAUUGCUGAGUGGAAGAGCACUCAUUUUAAUACCCCGUGGACUGUUGUCGCGUUUAUUGCAGCUCUUUUUGUCAUUUGUUUGCAAGUCUCUGAUACAUUUCUAGCCGGCGUCCAGACAUAUUAUGCAACUCAUCAAAACGGCAACAACUAA